AUGGCAAAGGAAAAGAGGACUAAACCUUGUUGCAACUGCAAACGAUCCAAAGUUAAAUGUGUUUAUGAAGGUGCCUUGCCAUGCCAACGAUGCCUCAAAACAGGCCAAGCGGCCACUUGUCAAUUUGUGCAUAAACUUCCUUCAUUGAAGCUACCGUCGCUAGGUUCAGAUGCACCCAAGCUACCCCCUGUUGCUACACCCAUAGCACUCAACCCUAUGAAUCUAGCGAGUGGACAAAAACCCGUGGUAUCAAACAUACCAGCAUUACUUCCAAGCCGCAGCACUUUCAACUCACCACCGUUUAAAAGAAGCUUGUCGCCACUACCCCCAAAUAAUCCUUUGCAUGUGGAGCGAGCUUCAAAUAAAGACAUGCAGUGGAAGUCUGAUAUAGAGCAACGCUUGAACUCCUUUGACAACAAAAUUGACUCCUUGGUAGAUCUAUUGAAGCUGAACCAACCGCAUGCCGUCAAGACGCCAGGCUCAGCAGACAUUCAAGCACGAUUCAAUGCUAACCAUUUUCAACCUUUGCGAGAGCCACAUGAACAUAUCGAGCUGCGUUAUUUAGAAACCCCAAUAUCUUCCACAAAUCACCAUGCAUCUGAUAAUGGCUCUAAGCGACAAAAAAUGGCCCGUAACCUUGGACAAGAAGAUGGCUAUAAUGAUACCGAAUACAAUAGAUCACACCCUAAGGAUUUCAGGGAUGGAUUCUUGACAAAGAGAGAAGCAAAGGAUCUUUUUAAGUUUUUUGACUCCAAUAUAGCUCAACAAUUAUUUGGAUUCGAGAUAUCAAAGUUCAAAGUCGACGAUAUUUGGGAGACAUGCCCUGUUCUUGUUUGUGCCGUUUCAACGAUUGCAUCAAUUCAUCAUCCUCAGCUCUCCUCCAAGGCAUCGCAACUACUGGGCUACUUGCGGGAUUUGUGCGGUACUCUUUUUUAUCAAAAUAGACCGACGGAUAAGUCAAGUGCCUUUAAUACAAUUGUUGCAUUAAUAUUGUGCAGUUUCUGGCUAUCUGAUUCACAAAUGUUCACUGGGUUAGCCCUACAGAUUGCUAAGGAGUAUGGGUUGAACAACCCCAAUUACGGCAAGAACAAGGACGAUUUGAAACUUUGGUAUUUGUUGUAUGUGUUGGAUGGUCAACAGAGUAUGGCAUUCAACAGGCAGCCGUUGGUUAGUUCUCAAGAGUAUUCUUUAAAACAUAGCAGAGAGCUUUUAGUCAAUGAGGAUGAAAAGCAAAUAUCACAAGCCAAGAGACAAUUAGAGAACAAGAUCGAAUCAAAUGCACUGGUAAGUACGGAACCUACUGAAGCUGAUGUGCACCAAAUGCUAUUGAAGCAAAAAUUUACCGAUCUAAGGUUGGUUUCUCAAGUUGAGUAUAACCAAGCUUUGAGUGAAGCAUUUCGUGGCGAUGCUUGGGACUUGUUGAUGCCAUCUGCGUUUGGAAUCCCGUCGAAGAGCAAUCUUGAGCUAGACAAAUGGAUGGUUUCUUGGACCGUGUUAUUAGCUCCUGGAAACUAUGGAGCCGUGUGGUCGACAAAGAGCACUUUGAUAUAUUACAACUUUGCUAAAAUGCAUAUAAACUCGUCAGCAGUUAGACAGCUAUCAAUGAAUCCAACCGGUAGUGGGUUAUUUCCGGCUUGGGAUAACACUAUAAGAGGGGAUAUGGGUACGGGGAUACAGAGGAGACCACCAACAGAGGAAAUUGACAGUGAAGAAGAUUCGGAUUCUGAUUCGUCGCGCGAGGAAGAUGAGUUCAUCUCUAACAAGGAGUUGCUAUCGCCUGAUGAAGCCGCCAUCAACGCCAACAUAGCUUUGAAUGCAGCCCACACUGUCAUAAAUUUGGUCAUUAAUGAUAAAGAUAUUCUUGAUAAUUUGAAGUAUGUUCCCGUGCAUAUACAUGUAAUGUUGUAUUACGCAGCACUAUUACUCAUCAACCCUCCCGCAAAGUCAAACAAUGCCUCAGUCACACUAACCCCGGAGAUCUAUUACGAUAAAUUGCUUGAUAACUUACGAACGGUGGGUAUCUUGAAAAGAAAGAUAUAUAGUAAUUUACCAAUCGAUUCUAAUUUUGGGUCGAGGUUUAUCCGAAGUUUAGAAAGCUUGGAAGCAGAGAAACUUGCCGAAGUUAAGGAAUUCAUGACUACUCUUGAAGAGCAGGAGUUAAGAGGCGUAUUUGAAAGAAAAGUGAAUUUAUUUGUUGAGACUAGCGAUAAUAUAGUGGAAUUGACAGAGAUGAGUGAAAGUGGCGAAAGCAGCAGAGCAAGUACACCUAGGGCUGAAAAAAUUAGUGCGUGGCCGGGAUCUCAUCAUGGUCAUCCAUGA